GCUAGCUGGCCUUGUUAUCAUCAGCUCACAUCUUCUGGGAUAUGAUUGAAAAUUGAUCAAAGAUAGAUCAGAUCCUGGUUUCUGUCUUUUACUUCCCUGGAGAUCAGAAUUUUCUUGGAUUUCAAAACUAGAUGACCCCUUUCUGACUCUGAGAAAAAGAAAUGGGGUGUUCUGUCUCAACCAGUAGUUGUGGGGAGAAAGAAUCUUCUGAAUGCUUCUGCAGAAGCUUGUUUGGGCGAAGGUUCCGGAACAACAUCCGGGAAUCACAGCAGCUGGCUUCAAUACCUAACCGGAUUUUUUCAAAUGGAAGGAGCCGUACGUCUUGUAUAUUCACUCAACAGGGUCGAAAGGGCAUUAAUCAGGAUGCCAUGAUUGUAUGGGAAGAUUUCAUAGCAGAAGAUGUAAUAUUUUGUGGCGUCUUUGAUGGGCAUGGCCCAAAUGGUCAUAUGGUUGCUCGCAAAGUGAGGGAUCAAUUGCCAUUGAAGUUAUUGUCGUUCAUGCGGUCCUUAGAAUCAAAACGCCAUGGCUCUUCUUCUUCUUCUAAUUGCUGCCAUGGGAAACCAAAGCUGGACGAUGUUGAGCCUGAGAAGGAGGGUCUUAUGGAGGAUAACAUCAUCGGCAGCUCAUCUUGGAGAGAAGCUUUCUUGAAAUCAUACAAGGCCAUGGACAAAGAAUUAAGGUCUCAUCCUAACUUAGACUGCUUUUGCAGUGGCAGCACUGCUGUCACUAUAGUCAAACAGGGGUCAAAUCUUUUCAUGGGGAGCAUCGGCGAUUCUCGGGCAAUCUUGGCAUCAAGGGACCACAAUGAUACACUGGUGGCUAUCCAAUUGACAGUUGACCUGAAACCCGAUUUGCCUAACGAAGCAGAGAGGAUAAAGCGGUGUAAGGGACGGGUAUUUGCAUUGCAAGACGAACCUGAAGUGCCCAGAGUUUGGCUGCCCUUUGAUAAUGCCCCAGGUUUGGCAAUGGCGAGAGCCUUUGGGGAUUUCUGUUUGAAGGACUAUGGGGUCAUCUCCAUCCCUGAAAUCUCUCACCGUGUUCUUACAGACAGAGACAAGUUUAUUGUUCUUGCAUCUGAUGGUGUAUGGGAUGUGCUGAGCAAUGAAGAGGUGGUUGAAACAGUUGUUUCAGCUCCUUCAAGGUCAUGUGCAGCAAGGAUGAUAGUGGAAUCAGCAGCACGCGAAUGGAAGACCAAAUACCCAACUUCGAAGAUGGAUGAUUGCGCAGUGGUUUGCAUGUUUCUUGAUGGGAAAAUGGAUUCUGAAUCGGACUACGAAGGCGGCUUCUCUUCUGCCACCAUUCACAGCAACAGCCAUUCUGGAAAUUUUGCAGAUUCAGAUGAUGGACAACAGAACAUUGAACCUUCACUGCAGAGGAACUUCACUGUCAGAUCAGCAGAGGAGAAGGAUUCUUUCAAAACGACGGUUGCAGCAUAUGAAGAAGGCUUGGAUGAAGAAGAGGAUGACUGGUCGGGACUGGAAGGUGUCACGCGUGUCAACUCAUUGGUCCAACUCCCCAGAUUUUCUGGAGAGAAGAGAAGGCCAUAAGACUCACUCACUAUCUAUAUGAUCAUAAUCUGUAUUAGUAGUCUUAUAAUGCCAUCUGAGUUUGCUGUUUUUUUCAUAUUCUUUGAAGGCUUUUUCCAUUCAAGAAACUAUUUCUGCAGUUUUUUUUCCCACUGUUUCUCUUAGGACAAAGGUUGGUGUUCAGUUUCAUACAACUUUCUUGCAGUUAACUCUCAAUUGU